AUGGAAUCUAGAAAUGUUACAUCCGUUGAGUUCUACAUCCUUCUUGGAUUUUCUCACGUCCCUUAUUAUCGACUACCACUGAUCUCCAUCUUCACUCUCCUGUAUAUAUUUACAUUAAUUGGAAACAGCCUUAUCAUUCUACUCAUUAUUGGUGAUUAUCAGCUCCACACUCCAAUGUAUUUCCUUUUGGCUAAUUUCUCUGUUUUGGACUUGGUGUCCCCAUCCAUUUCAGUACCUAAAAUGAUCGAUGACCUGAUCUCUAUGGAAGGCAUUAUUUCAUUCAAUGGCUGCAUAACCCAGAUGACUUUCUUUAUUGCUAUUACUAUAACAGAAUGUUAUUUUCUCUCUGUUAUGGCCUUUGACCGGUAUGUUGCAAUUUGUCUCCCACUCCAUUACAAAAACAUAAUGAGCUUUAAGAUAUGUUUUAUUUUGAUAUGGUUGGCAUGGCUAUUAGGAUGCUUUCACUCUAUCAUACAUACCAUUUUGACUAUUAGUCUAGACUUCUGUGGCCCUAAUCACAUCAACCACUUCUACUGUGACAUUCUUUCUCUCUUACAGCUUGCAUGUUCCCCUAUCAAUCUUAAUGUAACUUUGGUGUGUGUGUCUGCCUUUUUUAAUGGAAUAUGUAAUUGUAUCAUUAUUCUCAGCUCUUACCUUGGCAUUGUGUCUGCAGUAUUGAAAAUAAACUCUAAAGAUGGCAGGAUGAAAGCAUUUUGUACAUGUGCUUCACAUCUCCUCGUAGUUUCUUUGUAUUAUGGCACACUCAUCAUUGCAUAUUUUCGUCCUAUCAAUAGCUACACAUAUUCCAAGGACAGAACCAUUUCUGUAAUCUACACCACAGUUACCCCAAUGUUAAAUCCGAUCAUAUAUAGUCUGCGGAAUAAAAGUGUAAAGAAUGCAUUCCAGAAACUAUGGAAAAGAGCAAUCUACCAAACAAAGAUUUAA